CAGUCAGUUCCGUGCCCGUUAUAUUGUCUUGCGCUUUGAAAAUCCAAAAGAAUGGUUACACAAAAAAUCAUUCAAGAUAUACACAAGUGCUAUUGAAUCUUUGGAUGGAGAAAUGUGUAAUGAAGAUCUUGGAAUGAGAGAUGGAAGUAUUCAAAAUGAUCAAAUGUUUGCUUCACCAUUCUCAAAACGCAACAAACCGUUCAAAGCAAGGCCUUCCUCUACUGGUUGGUGCAUUGACAAAACGAUGGAUGCAAAUCCUUGGAUAAUGGUUGAUAUGAAAUCAAAAACAAAAAUUGAAGGGUUGACUUUGUUCCUCAUGAAAGAAGAUGUACAUAGAACUCUUUCUAAUUUGGAGUCAAUUCAUCUCUUAUAUGGAAAUCAGUCGGAUAAUUUAAGCGUGUCUGACUUAAAGUUUACAACUGAUGUCGACAAAUUUACGUCUGAACUUCACCAAUCAUUUUUUCUUCAAAAUGCAGUUACAGCUCGUUUUAUAAAGCUACGAUUAAAUGGAAGUCUUGGGUUAGAUCAAUCAUGUCUACGAUUUGAAAUCCAUGGAUGUAAACUAUCAGGAAUAUCAUUGUCUCAAGAAUGUGCCCUCAAGGACAAUAUUAUACGCAUUGAAGGGAUAGCUGGUGUUCAAGAUUCACAAGAAGAUAAUAAUUACCACAGUUAUACGGAUUCAAACAUUAAUAUUGAAGGUGACUACACAGAUGAUGAUGAUGAUGAUGAUGAUGAUGAUGAUGAUGAUCACAAUUAUGCUUCAUCAGGUCAUGCUGAGAGUUCCAAAAGUGAUAGUUUGUUUAUAGAUUAUGAGUUCGAGUCAAAUAAUAGAGAGUACGAUGCUAAAUCAGAAAUUAUGGAUACAGAAAUAAAAGCAGCACAAAGUAACACAGAUUUUAAAACUGACACGUGUAUUUGGGAUUCAACAGAACUCUUUCCUAGUUUUAAAAGUGGUAGGAUGAUUACAACGAACGCACUGUUUGUCGAAAAGCCUUCAGUGAUAAUGUCUAUUGGCUAUCCUUUUCUGACAGGAAGUGGAUACAGUUAUACAUGGAUAAUAGAUUUUAAACAUGAUAACUAUGUGAGACUUAUCUUCACAAAUGUCACGUUAAACCAAAUAACGCAAGAUAAUGAUAAUGAUUGUGAAGAUACGCUUGUAAUAGGGACAGACUUACAAGAGCGAUUGAAGGGCGGUCAGAUAAAUACAAAUUUUAACAAAAGAAUAUUUAUUAUUGAAACUAAUAGGACUCUUGUUCUAGUCACCUUUCAGUCGUGCUUUAAUACAUUUAGGGGAAGUUCAUUUCGUGCAGUUGUUAAUGAAGAAGAUAUUCCAGCGUGUUUGUCCAUCGCGUCAAGUGUAGAUUGGAGCCAGGGCAGGAAUGAAGCGUGCACAAAUCCAGAAAUGAUACUUACGUCAAUGUCGAUUUUGAAUAUUCCAUUUGAAAAUUUUGAAGAAAGAUUCAGAAUUCAAGCUCGCAGUCAUCACAGAAUCCAGAUUGAAUUCAUAGACUUUUAUAUUGUCUGUCCAAUAAGAACAUCGGAAAUUCGCUCAAAAUUCGCAAUAAUUGAAGGAAAUGUUAAGAAAGAAUACUGCAACGCAAAUAAACCUCCGAAGAUCGUCUACUCGGAGGAAAAUUAUAUUCAUAUUGUGUUUCGGAGAUAUGAUGAAUCCAGAAAGAAGUUUUUAGGACGGGAAGGUUUUAGGCUGCAAUACAGGACAAAAAGUUUUACGUUAGAAAAAUGGACGGAUACAGUAACUUUCCUGUAUGCAAAUGUCAUUUCUCUGCAAAAAUCGAUGAGGGCUACACAAGUUCGUUCGAAGAAAUUCAGAAAGUGCUACACUGUAUUUAAAUCAUCAAUAUCUUGGUAUGACGCAAGAUCUGCCUGCUGGUCACGGAAUGAGCAUCUUAUCACAAUACAAUCACAAAAAGAAUUGAAAUAUAUAAAUUACCUUCUUCGAGAACAAAGAUACGACGAUCAAAGAAAUGACAUAUAUGAUUCAAAACAUUUAAGUUUCAAGGCACACAUAGGGUUAUUGCGGAGCAUUGAUACGGAUAAAAAGAAUAGAUUUUAUUGGGUAAACAGUCAUGAAGUCACUUUUAUUGCAUGGGCAGUUGGUCAGCCAUCAGCUGGAGACUGCACUCGGACAAACUUCCGGUCAUUUAAUACGGACAGAACAUGGGAGACAGAAGAUUGUAAAAAUGAACUUGCAGACUAUUUCAUCUGCCAGACUGAAGAAGAAAAAGGAAAAUUAAACGUUUUUAACCAAGGAAUGUGCAACUCGUUGUCAAAGAAAAACAAAAAUGAAAUCAAUUACUCCUACUCUGGAAAGGCUUGUCAAAGAUGGAGUAAUUUAACAGAAAAUAGUCAUUUGGUAGUUGAUAAAGACAGGGAUUUAUUUAACAUAAAUUCUGAUUUAUGUGAAGACCCCUCUGACUCUGGAAUAUUUGGUUGCAAUGUGAAUAACACUGUGAUAUCGUGGGAACCAUGCUUCUUCUCACAAUCCGAUCCCGUGUCUGUCAUAACAGAGAGUUUUGGUGACCAUUUUUCAUGCAACUCUACGGGACGCCAUAUACCACUGGUGAAUAAAUGUGAUAAAACGUUCCAUUGUGAAGACAAAACCGACGAAAUGAAUUGCACUAUAAACAAACAUGACCUUGUGCAAGACGUUGAAUUGUUUCCGACAAAUUUUCCUGUGAGACUUGAAGAAGGAUCCUAUUUCAAAUGUGGAAGUAAGGAAUGGAUUUCCAUAGCUGCAAAAUGUGAUGCUGUAAUAGACUGUUUAGAUGCAUCUGAUGAAAUUGAUUGUUUGCGAAAAAAUGCAGGAUGCAACAAAAACGAAUUUGCUUGUGCUGAUGGAAGCUGUAUAAAAUUAGGUCAAGUCUGCGAUUUUAAACCAGAUUGCACUUAUGCAGAGGAUGAAUUCUGUGAGCUUCGAAAUUGUGGACUGAAUGAAUAUGUAUGCGAUAACAAGCAAUGUAUUCCUUACAACAAGAGUUGCGAUGCAGUCCCGCACUGUCUAGAUGGUAGCGACGAAAUAAAAUGUGCGUCUUGUAGAGACUCUUUCCAUUGCGAUGUUGACAGAUGUAUAAAUAAUAUACUGGUUUGUGACAAAGUGCGUGACUGUCAAGACGGUAGUGAUGAAAGUGAUUGUACGGAUAACAACGUUUUAACAUGCGGGGAUUUGUGGGAAAUAGGUUAUCAUGAGUCGGGUCAAUACCUUAUAGACGGUAUAAAUGUGUACUGUGACUAUAGAUUAACAGGAGAGGCAUCUAGAUCAAUCACAAUGGAAAUCAGAAAUUUAGAUUGGGAUCCCAAAUUUGCUGUUAUACAAACCUUAUCUUCCAGGGAAAAGUUUCCGUUGGAUUUAACUUUACGGGGUUUAUUUCACGAUUUGGUUUUUAGGAACAACAGUUGUUGCACGAUUGAUGUCAAAAGUACAUGUCACCUAUCAGAAUACGCUGCAUCAAUUUACGACUUGAAAUAUAAGCAAUCUACUAAUAUAACUUGUCAAUGCUCACUCAAGACAUUUAUGUUAGCCAACAUUGCAUAUCAUCCCAGUGGUUCUCUUCCACUCCAAAAAGAUUUCGGGUAA